UCUUCUGUGACUCCUUCAUUUUUUUUUUCUUUCUUUCUAGAAUCAAGAUAUCAUUGUAUUUCUCUGAACCUUGCAUCAAGGGGAUUAUUUUUUAGCCCUUCGUUGGAAAUGAUAAUGUUAUCAAGUAUGUUCUGACAUUCAUCAUUAGAAAUCCUAGAUUCUUGAGAGAGAAUGAUAAUUUAUAAACGCUAUACCAAAUAAAGCUUUUACUUGCCCAAAGUUUCUCCAAGUUGAUAAUUAGAUAUCUUGAUCUUACAUUCUCCUGAUCAAAGUCAAGUUGCUUUCCAAAACAACUUUCAUUAUAGCUAACGAAGUCUUUCUCUUCAAAAAAUAUCCUACCAUCUCUUGUAGGAAGUUGCCUAUUUUAGUCCACUUUUGGAUUUCUGUUGGUACUCGAAUAACUUAAAUAUUUAUGAGAAAAUCAAAUCCUUUGAGUCACUUCUGUUUGAUGUUCAUUAAGUACAUUACCCACCAGUACGUUUGCAUGUACAAGUCACAACAAAGUCCAAAAUAUCUGGUAUCAAAAUGCUCGAGUGGUGAUUAUAGUUCUCAACUUGGCCAGACAUUUAAAACCAAUUCCUUCAUAGAAAGGGGCUUCUGUCAGUCUCAUCAUUUCAUUGUUUCAGAACUUUUGCAACCCACCAAUAGAACUGCUAUAUAUUAUCAUGUAUAUAACCAUUCACGUGCACCACCACCAACUGUACUAUUAUUAUGAAAGAAAACGAGGUGACUUUAAAGUUUUUCUGCAUCAUUUGUUUGUAUGACAUGUAUAUGUUCUUCUGUUAACUAUGUCUAUAAAGCCAUUUAUUUGUUCUUGUGGGCAAACUAGAAAAUAAUGUAAUAUGAGUGAUUAGGAUUAUCAAGCUGCUGUAUUGCCUGAUUCCUUAUUUAGUUUUGCACAAUCGCUUACUGCAGCAAAAUUUUUGCACACUGCUUUAUUAGAAAUUUAGAAGUUACAUUUCUUCCAUUUAUACAGUCUCACUUUCUUGGACUUCCCUUCUUUAGGUGUCUAGAUGACAGAGAAGCUAGUGACAGUGCAAUUGUGCUACAGGAAGGGCGUUUCAGAAGUCCAAUGAUUAUGGAGAACUACUGUUCUGGAAGAGCCCAGUGCAAAUUCUUCUCUCUUAUCUCAGUUAAAAUACUAUGUGAUGAAUUGGUUCUUUUUACAUGAUACAUCAGUUACAAGGUACUAUAAACUUCUAAUUGCGAAUUGUGUGUCUUCUAUGUUUGGAUUUUUCAAAAAAAUAUACUUGGACCAACUGAAGUGCUUAUUUUAGUAACAUGGAGUAUCGUUUCUAUUAGGAAUCUUACUUCAUUAACUUACUGUUUGAUGAUAACAUAUAAGACAAUUCUUUCAUCUGGUUCAAUUAACUUACCAUUCUCAGUUGAGGUGAAAAUUCCACCGUUUUCAUUUUUUUGUAAAUUUUACAAUCUUUUCGAUUGGCUUUUGUACCACAAAGACUGUAACUCUAGGAAGACUCAUCACGGGAUGUCUGGGAACGUUUUCAUUUUCUUCCCACUCUUCCCCAAAAUGAAUUUAUAUUUGUUAAGCUUUUCAAAAACUUUCCCCCUCAUUCUGAAAUACCUUUUUUUUCCAACACCUUUAUACAUGACUUUUUGCUACAGUGUUUUCCAUUUCCUCCAGAAAUAUAAACAAACAUUACUCAUUCUCAAAUUCUUCCCCCAAAACAUAUGUUCCCAAACGAAAUGGAAACGAGCCCCAAAACGCUUCCAAACAUUUAUGUUAAUGUAUAUGAAUAAUUAGAGAGAGACUGUCGCCGUGUAAUCAAAACUAAAAGCCCUUCUAAAUAAAUACAGCUACUUGCUACUUAGUUGUAUGCCAUUAAUGGUCAAAGGGAAAAUCACAUGUUUUCCUUCAAAUGUCCAGGACUAAAAUUAUUACCAUUUUUCUUAUGAUCAAAGGGAUUAUUUGAUGUCUUAGUCAAUAUGAAGGUGCAAGUCAUAACAGCUGGGAAGUGAUUGAUUUAAGUGCAACCCUAAAAAUUCUUAAUGACUGGAAUCAAUCAACUGUAUUCUUUUGAAGACUUAAAAAAUUGUAACAAUUAAUUGUUAUUCUACAUAACACGACACAUUAAUGAUGAUUGCUCGACAUAUAAUAUAAAUGUAUCUGAUAAAGAGAAGAAGUGUAUCAUGCUAAACUUAAUGUUGGAGUGAGUGGAUCGGAGAUUAUCUGAUCCGCUUCUGUUAUUAGAUUGUUAGAUCUCUCAAAAUAGGAAAAUCAUCGAGAUAAUUAAGAAAAUUAUCGGAUAUAAUCAAAGGCAGUCCUACUCCAGUUCUUCUAGUUGUUGAGUGUGACACCCGGCCUUGGAGAAAUGUAUGUGUGAUUCCACUUUUGAUGAUUUUAAAAGGAAUUUAUACCUUAUUCUCAAGUUUGAUGCAUUUGAAUUUAAAAUUAGACAUUUUGUGUUGAUUAGACUUUCUAUUUUGUAGUAAAUUAAUCAUCGUAUGCACUACCUAUGUGUACAGUCUUUCUCAGGCAUUUUAGUUGUGUUGAUAAUUGUGAACCGGAUACUGGGAGUACACUUAAUGUAAUUUGUUCUGAGAAUGCUAAAAACAUUCCAACAUAUAUAUCCUACUACACUUAGCAUCUUAGGUGAAGAGGUUACAUAUGGUAUUGUUUUCCAUUCAAAUAUACUAAUAAAAUAGUGCAAAUGGAUAAACCUUGACGUAGAUUUGAUAAUUAUCCUAUUAAUGUUAGCUUUAAAUAUUUUAAUUACAUUGUCCUAUUAAUAUGCUAUAAAUUUCGUCAUAGCUUUCUACUCUAAUUUUGAAAUAUCGGUUUAUUUUCAGAUCCAAUAAAUCCCUUUUAUCAUUGAUUUGGUAUAGUAUCAUUAAACAUUUUAAGAUCCACUGAGUUCUUAAAGUAUGGAAGGGAACAAUAAAUGUUAUUGUUUUCAUAAGAAAAUGGAUAUUUUGUGAUACCCCAAUGUGGUGAUUGCCGAGUCACACCAUAUCCCUUGGUAAAUUUAUUUUCAUUGAUUUCGGAAUCUAGCUUUUUUUUAAAAAUUCUUUACUGGAUCUGUUAACUUUUUGGGACGAUUUUCUGCACGGUUAAUUUUUUUUCUUUCUUUAGGUAUUUAAAUGAGUCUCCAACUUAGUACAUAACGCCGCCGCCUCUCCAUUUGCUAAUCUCUCUCUCUCUCUAGGGUUUUCACCAGAAGUCGAAAUCGUUCUCUCUUUUCUUGGUGAUUUUAUUAUCUUCUUUAAUCUGGUGGCGCAUCUGAUUGAUUAAUUUUGUUUGGGUUAUCUGUUUUUAUCUCAAAUCAAAGCUAGACUAAUUUGGUUUCUUUUGGUUUGUGUUUAAUUUCUUUGAGAUUUUAGAGGACUAGAAAUCACCAUGCUUAAAUUUCUUUUGGUUUCUGAGAUUUUUUUUUUUUUGUUAAAAAGGUUCAUCCCAAGAACGAGUUUAUGUCUCGUGAUCAAUUGUCGUAUCAGAUCUUUGGUUUGGUAUCUAUGUUAAGUUUGCAAUAGGGUAUGGUAUUGAUGGUUUAACGUAGACGAUUAUCUAUGUUUAAGGAAUUAUCUAUUUGUAGGAUUUGAACAUAAAUUAUGUGUUGGAUUUAUCUGACAGGGCAUGAUACUGACGAUUUAUGUAGGCUAUCUAUAUGUAGGAUUUGAACAAUAAUAUAUAAUUAAUGCCAAACAAAAUAUUGGUUUGAUCAUGGAUGUUUUUUUUUUUCUGAUUCUUUGGAUAAGGAUUUAAGUUAGGUACUCUUAUCCUUUUUCUCGUGGUUACACAUUUCAUGAUUUUGCUAAAACUUCAGUUAGGAAUUUUUUGUUCAACAAAAAAGUUGCUUUUUGCUUAAUUCCAAAUUCUUCUAUAUUUUCAGGGAAAUGUUCUUUCAUUGUUUUGGAGGAGGUGCUGUAAUGCGAACGUAAUCAUUUGCAGGCUGUACCAUUUGAAGGAUUUUCCAGACAUAUAUGUGUUGUUAGAUUGUUCCCCUUCAUUCAUGGAUUCCGCAAUUCAAAAUAGUAAAACGCCAUGCCUUAAGCAUCCAAAGAUUAUUGAACAACAUUCUGAUGACAGGCUCAGUAAUCUGCCUGUAGACCUUAUCUAUCGAAUUCUCUCGUUUCUCGACGCUUCUGCAGUUGUGGGGACCAGCUUGUUGUCAAGAAAGUGGAGACACUUAUGGACUUCAGUACCUGGCUUAAACUUUGAUUUAGAAGGUUUCUGGCAUCAUGUGAAACGUCAAGAUUUGGACUAUGAUGGCUGUUUAUUAAAAUUCUGGGAAUUUGUCAAGUGGACUAUAACUAUCAGUGAGGCACCUCCUCUCCAUAGACUGCAUCUCACGAAUGGUUAUACUGAUACUGAGCAACUUAAGCUGCUGCUUCGUCUUUGUGCUUUGAGAAAUGUCCAAGAACUUGAGCUUGUUGCUGUAGUUACUCUCGAAAUUUGCCCAUUCCCUAGUGCCAUUGCUGAAUCUGUUUUAGCAAUUCCACAAAAUUGCAACUGUUUCUUUGGCAAUCUCAAAAGCCUACAUUUGGUUAGAGUCCAGUUUACUGAUGCUGAUUUCACCAAUAAGUUAUUCAGUGAUUUUGGUGUUCUUGAGGAUUUAUCUCUUGAAUAUUGUUGUUUGUCCGUGAUGAAAGUUCUCAAAUUUUCAUCUGAUAAGCUUCAGAAGUUAACCUUUGUGAACGUGGACCCUCUUGAUAGUUUCUUGAGUCCGUCUAAUUUUGUAUCCAGGCUGAUAGUCAAUACUCCAAACCUUGUAUCCUUCUGCUAUAUUGGGCCAGCGCUACUUUCUUCACGGUUCUCAAAUAUGCCAUCUUUGGACCAUGCUCGUAUUCAUAUCAUAAAUCGAGAUUUUCCAAAAAACAUGGAGUGGGAAUUGCAUGCGAUUGCUACUGGUUUUAGUCAUGUAAAAGGACUAUCAUUAUCUGCAGAUUGUGUCCUGUUCUUCUGCCCGAUAUUUCGUGUGAUUUAUCGUGGCAGUAUUCAUUUUGGCUGUCUACGGGUCUUAAAUCUGGAUAUAGACGGCAAUGCAGACCAUAUGGAGGGGUUAAUCGUCUUGCUCAAGGCUUCACCCAAACUUGAAGUUCUAUACAUUAAAUUUGUUGACUGUUGGUGGAAAAGCGUCUGGGUGUCCACAGAAAUGGACGUGCCGUGUCUGUCACAUCACCUAAGAAGAAUUGUGAUUACCGAUUUCUAUGAUUCAGAAUUUUCAAUGGAAUUUAUCAAGUUUUUCCUCCAAAAUGGGAAAAUGCUGGAGAAAAUCGAAAUCACGCAGCACAAACAGAAGAUGAAUCCGCAGAAAUUGUAUGCAUUGCAAUCAGUUCAGUUAGCCUCGAAAGAAGUUUAUGUAUCGGUCGUAUCACAUUUUCCUUCUGGGAAAAUUGAGCUGCUUCAGUUUGUGUAUCGAAAACGCGGAGCUGUUCUAUGGAAAAGGUUUGCGGAAAAGCUGAAGAAAACAAAUCGAAGCAUGAGAGACGCAGCGCUGAAAUCCGGUGUUUCCUUUCGGGGUAAUAAAAGGAAGAAGUUGUUCCAUGUGUUGAAUCCGUUCCGAGCACCAAAAAAGAUCAAACCUUUUAUAUGAUGGAAAGUGCAUUCGCGGUUUUGUGAACUCGGUUUUUUCUUUCUAUCUGCUUUUGCUUUAUUUCAUUGAAAACGAAGAACUUAUAUCGAGUUGUGAACUCAUUAUCACAAGUUAAGUUUGUGCUGCCUUUUGUAAAAGGCAGACAAAUUAUCUAAAUAAGUGAUGAAUAACUAGACUUGACGAUGCUAUUCGUUUUUGGAUAUUUGCGCCUUUUGGCCCGGUUUUAUGCGAUCUAGAAACUUCAGACUUUGUGACGAAUGAAUGCUUUGAAGGCAUGUUUAUUUUAUUUUUAUUUAUUUAAUUAUUUGUUAUUGUUA